UAGCCAUUGGACCACCAGGAAAGUGCCAGCAGAUCUUAUUUAAUGCUCCCCUCACACCUGUGAGACUUGAGUUACUCUCCCCAUUUUGCAUGAGAGAUGUGACUAAGGUGAGUUUAUGCAUCUGCUGAUUUGCAGAUGUGGGAUUUAAACCCAGUGUGUCUCCUCCAUGCUGUUGCAGAGCUCUUCUGCCCCACCAUGCCCCUGGGACAGUGACUCCAUUGCUGGAUGGAAAGACAUGAGGUCAGAGGAGGCACAGACAGGCCACUUCCUCUCAUUCAAUUUUCUCUGUGCCCUACUCAGCUGGAACAGCUUCUACUCGGCCUCUCAAGAUCCUUAUCUGCACCUGCGCUUGGGGAACUUUUCCUACACCUCUCACACCCCCCAGGAGAGUUGGAGAAAGGAGUUUUCCACGUGGUCACUGGACAUGAGUAACUGUGACUUCCCCUCCUCUGCACCCAGGCUUGGAAAACCCCACCCAGGUCUUCUGAUAAAAGCCCUGGGCCCUGCAGGAUAGACCAGAGGAGAACUCUUCACUUCACCAGACUUACUGAGACCCUUGCAGGGAGGUCUGAGCCGGACAACCUGAGAUGAAGCUCAUCAUUGCCGCACUGGUGUGCCUGCUGCUGGCCGGGAUGUGGUUACAGGAUGCAGACGCCAAGAGCAUGCACGUGUCAUCCUCCAAUUGCUGUUUCAUAACGGUGAAGAGAAAGAUUUCUCCGAAGAGAAUCCAGUGUUACAAGAACAUCAGCUCCACCUGCUCCUACAAAAACCGUCUGAUACUGAAGCUGACUGGAGGCCUAGAGGCUUGUGUCUUCCAAAAAGAAUCAUGGGUUCAGGCUUACUUAAAGAAGAUAAACCUCUGCCAGUGAAAGGAUAUGUGAGCUGAUCCCUUCUCACCCUGGACUCAAGAUACCACGUGGCUUCACUUUCCUCCCAACGUCUAACUUCACACCAGUCCUUCUGCCCCGUCUUCACCAGGUCACGCCAAAGGGUCUGCUGGGCUCUAAUAAGCUAUGUUGUUGCACUUUAUAUAUUUAAAUUCUAGAAUCUUUAACUUCUGUCCCCACCCCCCCCCACCCCCCACGCCUCUUGGACUUCACAGGGAUUUCAAGGUGCAAAGUUGAUUGACAUUGAGGGGCUGGGGCCAGGGGGUGGAGAGGAGGGAAACAGGUUGGAAUUGGUGCCAGGGGAACUGACUUCUUAUAUUAUUAUUUAAUUUUUAUUGGAAUAUAGAUGCUUUACAAUGUUGUGGUAGUUUCUACUCUGUAGCAAGGUGAAUUCUUGAUACUGUGGAACUGACUUCUUGUCAAAAACCGUCAAUAAAUGACUCAACACAACUCAGCUGACUGCCUUUGUCCUGGGGGAAUAAAUAUUGAUUUGCCUUGUGAUGUAGAUUCUCUGCGGGGCUGGGUCC